CCCCCUCCCCCCACCUCCCCUCACAGAGCAGACAGGACUCCGGCUGUAAAGCACCGGACCGAAAGUUUACGCGUAAAAGUGACGCUGGCGCGAGCUGAAGCAGAGGGGCGCGUGAGGAGGACGAGCUGAAGCAGAGGGGCGCGUGUCUGUGGACUUUUUGGAGGUUUUGACUUUGUGUUUUUUCCGGUUUGAAGCUUUUGGAUCACACACGCGCGCGCUUCACGAGAGGAAAAUGUUGGAUUUUACGCGUACACGUCAGUAAGGAGUAUUUAAGGAGUAUUUCUGGUCCGCGCGAGAGACAUGAUUGAUGUGGAAACGUCUCCGCGGGCUGACCGGAAGUAACAAACCACCUGUUGAUGUUUCCUGGAGCUGCUCGCGGAGGAUUCACGCGCAGUUACUGAGAAGAGGCUCGUGUCUAAUGAGUGCUAAUCUCUGCAGUUUGUUUACAGUGAGCGUGUUGCCAUGGUGACCUGUUUGUUUACAGUGAGCGUGUUGCCAUGGUGACCUGUUUGUUUGCAGUGAGCGUGUUGCCAUGGUGACCCGGGCUCAGAUGAGGUCGGGAUGGCACGAGAGGACGCAGUGAGGUGUCUGCGCUGUCUGCUGUACGCGCUCAACUUCCUGUUCUGGCUGAUGUCAGCAUGUGUCCUGGGAGUGGCAGCGUGGAUCAGAGACCCCCUGAACACCGUGCUGACCCUGACAGCCCACACCAGGCUGGAGGAAGCAGCCGUCCUCACAUAUUCUCCAGCUGUCCAUCCCGUCAUCAUCGCCGUGUGCUGUUUUCUCAUCAUCGUGGCCAUGGUGGGAUACUGCGGCACGCUCAAAUGUAACCUGCUGCUGCUGUCCUGGUACUUCGGCAGUCUGCUGGUGAUCUUCUGUGUGGAGCUGGCGAGCGCCGUCUGGACCUACGACCAGCCCUCAGUGCAGCGCUCUGAUAUGAUCAGCCUGAAGUCUCGGAUGCCAAACUUCGGCCUGCAGCGUUACCAGUGGCUCACACACACCUGGAACACCUUCCAGACAGAGUUUAAAUGCUGCGGAGUGAUCUACUUCACUGAUUGGCUGGAGAUGACAGAGAUGGAAUGGCCGCCUGACUCCUGCUGCUCCAAUCAGUAUCCAGGAUGUGCUCGCCACGCCCACUACCACGACCUCAGCGACCUGCACCAAGAGGGCUGCGGUCCAAAGAUCUACAGUUUCAUCCGUGGGACGAAGCAGCUGCAGGUGUUGCGUUUCCUGGGCGUGUCCAUCGGCGUGGCUCAGAUCCUCGCCAUGGCGCUCACGCUCACGCUGCUCUGGGCGCUUUAUUACGGACGCAAAUCCCCAGAGCUGGACUCCACGCUGCCGCCGGCAGGAGCAGAUGACCCCGCCCCCCUCUCAGGUGAAGCCUCACAGUCGGGCUGCACCCGCACUAAUAAAGGCUGGACUAAUCCACCCAACACCAGCAGCGCUGCCGCCAAGCUGGGAGAGCACCAGUUUGAGAUGGAGCGGCUGUCGUAGCAGCAACACCACGGCACGAUGAAGCUGGUUUGGUGGUUUUGUCGUCAUUUCUAUCAGUAACAACAAGUCCUGAUCAGGUCCUGGUCUAGUUUCAGACAUCAGCUGAAGUCCUGAUGAGUUAAAGAGUUGAAACCAAGGAUCUAAAUCUGUCCUUCAGGUCUGUUCAGGAUCCGUAAAGCCUGCUGCUGGUCUCUGAUUCAGGGUCUGGUUGUAUCAUGUGAUCAGUACUGAAGGAAAUGAAAAACUAAACUACCAAAAUAAAACCAGAGUCGGGAUGAAGCGGAACGAUCCUUUAAAGAGAUCAAGCCAGGAACUCAGGCGACGGUACAAAAAGGGACGAAGACUCUGAGACUCUGAUACUCUGAGAGACUCUGAGACUCUGAGAGACUCUGAGAAACUCUGAUACUCUGAGAGACUCUGAGACUCUGAGACUCUGAGAAACUCUGAUACUCUGAGAGACUCUGAGACUCUGAGACUCUGAGAAACUCUGAGACUCUGAGAGACUCUGAGAGACUCUGAGACUCUGAGAGACUCUGAGAGACUCUGAGAGACUCUGAGAGACUCUGAGAAACUCUGAUACUCUGAGAGACUCUGAGAGACUCUGAGAGACUCUGAGACUCUGAGACUCUGAGAGACUCUGAGAGACUCUGUGAGACUCUGAGAGACUCUGAGACUCUGAGACUCUGAGACUCUGAGAGACUCUGAGUCUCUGAGACUCUGAGAGACUCUGAGAAACUCUGAUACUCUGAGAGACUCUGAGACUCUGAGACUCUGAGAGACUCUGAGAAACUCUGAUACUCUGAGAGACUCUGAGACUCUGAGACUCUGAGAAACUCUGAGAGACUCUGAGAGACUCUGAGACUCUGAGACUCUGAGAGACUCUGAGAGACUCUGAGAGACUCUGUGAGACUCUGAGAGACUCUGAGACUCUGAGAGACUCUGAGAGACUCUGUGAGACUCUGUGAGACUCUGAGACUCCGGCAGGAACACGAUGGACUCUGGUUCUUUGCUCACUGGACGAGAACAUUCAGCACUAAUGGAAACAACCACUCAUAGAGGCUCUGAGGUCUGUCUCUGAACUCACUGGAACAGAAGGUUUUAUCAGAGUGUUUUAAUGUAUAUUAGAAACUGUGCAUGGUUUGAAUAUUUAAUAAUAUUUGUCUCACAGUUAUUGGAGCGUUUUCUCACUGGAAUAAAAACUAAACAUUACACUGA